GUCUUUCUCUCUCUCCUGAGUUCGUCGGUCCUUCCUCCUCUCUUCUCCCCUGGUCUCCUCCCUUCCCAAAAUAACACCCCCGAAUCCCCAAACUCCUCUCUCUCUCUCUCUCUCUCUCUCGCUCGCUCGCUCGCUCGCUGAGCAAGCGGGCCCGAUGGAAGUGGAGUUCCCGGACGACUUCCGGUGCCCGAUCUCCCUGGAAGUCAUGUCCGACCCGGUGAUCCUAUCCUCUGGUUACACCUUCGACCGCGCCUCCAUUCAGCGCUGGCUCGACUCCGGUAACCGCACCUGCCCGGUGACGAAGCUCCCACUUCCACCUCGCCCCUCUCUCAUCCCCAACCACGCCCUCCGCAGCUUAAUUUCCAACUUUGCCCCCGCCGGCGUCCCCAAAACCCCUCCCUGCCCCUCCCCCGACCCCCACGCCCUCCUCGCCUCCCUCUCCUUCCCCGCCAACGCCGACACCCUCGCCGCCGUCCUCCGCCUCUCCAAGCGGAGCGCCGCCUUCCGCCGCCUCGCCCUAGACGCCGGCGCCUCCUCCGUACUCCUCCGACACGCCGGCUCCGGCGACCGCCCCGACCUCCAGGACCUCGCCCUCCGCGCCCUCCUCCACCUCAGCCUCGACGGCGACGACGCCCGCGUCGGCCUCGUCGCCGAGGGCGCCGUCGACCGCCUCACCGCCGCCCUCCGCUCCCCCUCCGCCGCCGCGGCCCUCGCCGCUACUUGCCUCACCAGCCUCGCCAUGGUCGAGGUCAACAAGUGCACCAUCGGCGCUCACCCCUCCGCGAUCGCAGCCCUGGCGGCGCUCCUUCGGGAGGGGAAGGGCCGGGAGCGCCGCGAGGCGGCUACCGCCCUCUACGAGCUCUGCAAGUUCCCGGAGAAUCGCCGGCGGGCGGUGCGUGCCGGCUCCGUCCCGGCCCUCAUCGACCUUGCCGGCAAUGGUUCAGAGAGGGCGGUGGAGGUGCUGGGCCUCCUCGGGAAGUGCCGGGAGGGACGGGAAGAGAUGAAGAGGGUCGAUGGAUUCGUUCGGGUCUUGGCCGGGGUUUUGAGAUACGGCAGUUCCAGGGGCAUCGAGAACGCUCUAUUCGUGCUCAAUUUGGUCUGCUCUGAUGGCAAAGAGAUGGCCUUGGAGGCGAGAAAAGAAGGAACUUUCGAGCUUUGCUUGGCUUUGGCUGGCGACGAGAAUGGGAGGAUUGGGAAGAAUGCGGUGGGAUUGGCUCGGACCCUGGAGAAUGGACCACUGGUCAACUUCUUAUGAAUUGGGCCUCUUCGUCUUCUCGGGUUGCCAAAAUUUUGCAUCGAAAUCCAUCUGAGUUAUCUGACAGAGGUGAGUGGAGCUGCUGCAAUGAUUAACGAGUUUCUUUUCUCUGUUUUAGCUUAGAUGUCUGCUCUGUAAAAAAGGACGUUCUUUUUGAAAGCUUUUCUCUUCUAGUUUUGUAAAAUUGGAAUAAGUAUUCCGGUUCAUAUCAAAAAGGCUGUAGCUUGUUAAUCAAACCUGUAACUGUUCGGAUGGAAAUACAAUCUGGUAAUUAUAUUGUUUCUUUCCA